GCCUCGCUUUAACACUCGUGUUUCCCUCGCCGCCAUCGCGAUAGCUCUUGCUUCGGUAGCGGACGGGUCUUUUACGCGGCUCUUGCUUCGAGGCCUAUUUCGAUCACUUAAACAAUGGCGUCAGAUGAAGGAAAGCUCUUUAUUGGAGGACUCAGUUUCGACACCAAUGAACAAAAUUUGGAGCAGUUGUUCUCGCCCUAUGGUGACAUUGCAGAAGUGGUUGUGGUGAAAGACCGAGAGACCCAACGAUCCAGGGGAUUUGGUUUUAUUACCUAUUGCCGUCCUGAAGAUGCCAAGGAUGCCAUGCGAGCCAUGAAUGGAGAGUCUGUGGAUGGACGUCAGAUCAGAGUUGAUCAGGCUGGAAAAUCUUCCCGUGGCUCUUCUGGAGGCAGAGGGCGUGGUCGUGGAUUUUCUAGAGGAGGCGGUGGAUAUGGAGGUGGCCGUUAUGACAACAGAAGCGGUGGAUAUGGUGGAUCCAGAGACUAUUAUGGCAGCAGAAAUCAGGGAGGCUAUGGGGACCGUUACUCUGGAAGCUCUUACAGAGACAAUUAUGAUAAUUAGCUUGCACCGAGCAUAAAUCCUUCCUGACUCAAGAUCGUCCUUCCAAUGGCUGUAUUUAUAAAGAUUUUUGGAGCUUCGCUGAAUCUUGUUUAGUUCUCUACCUGUAUCUUCCCUUUUUGUAGUCUUAUCACAAGCAGCCCAACAGCUUCUGCUACAGGAUGGCCUGUUAGAUCUUUUUGGAGGAAUUUUUUUAAUUUGCUUUUUUUUCCUUUUUUUAUUUUUUACAGGUGUGUUUAAGCAUUUUGAAUAAUACAUUUAUUGUUUUCCCCCCCUGAUUUCUUUUAACAAGCCAAGGUGGGGGGGGUCUGACCUAUAUAUCAUCUAUAAUUCCCCAGAGCCUGAGCAAGGUGUGAAGAUCCUCCUUGUUUUUAUAAAUGCAUUAAUACCUGGUAGUUUUGUAAAAGUACUAUGAUGUAGUGAGGAAGGGGCAUGGAGGAAGGCAGCCCCCCCUUGAUUAUUAAGGGAGACUCGUGUUGAUCUUCAGAAACAAAUUUAUACUGUAUGAUGUACCUAGAACCUGAAGCUUGCAGAACUUGCAAGUUCUUGAAAAACUGUUUGUUUAUAUUUUUCUUUUAAACUGGAAGACUCACAUGUAAUUCAAUAUUGUACUAAAAGUGGUUAAGGUAUUCCUGUAUUCAGUUCUUUGGCUUCACGAAGCCUAUUAAAUGCCCUUCUGAAAAUGAA